CAGCAGCAGCAGAUGAAGCACUAGAAGAAGAACUAGAUGAAGCAGGAGAAGCGACAAAACAUCCUAGUUUUGAAGUUUCCUAUCAGACGUUGAAUUGUCGCCGCUCGUAAAUAAACGUCUCGCCUCACAACAAGUUCAUUCUCACCGGGGACGAUGUGGUCUGCGCCUCAGGAACCAGCUGCCACCGAGGAAAUGAAGGGUGCGGUGCUGCCCCCUGUCGGUCAGUGUGCGGCAGCCGGCUGCAGCCUCCGCUAUGUGACGGGGAACCUGUUCUCCAGCUGUGAGGACGAGGCUCUGGUUCACUGCGUCAGCGAGGACUGUCACAUGGGAGCUGGGAUAUCUGUCCUGUUCAAGCGCAGGUUCAGAGGAGAAGACGAGUUAAAGCAGCAGAAGAAGGUGACAGGACAGUGUGCUGUGCUGAAGAGAGACAGACGUUUCGUCUACUACUUGAUCACAAAGAAAAAGUUCAACCAAAAACCCACCUAUGACAGCCUGACCCUGAGCCUGGAGGACAUGAAGUCACACUGUGUGAAGAACAGAGUGACGAGAAUAUCAAUGCCUCGUAUUGGCUGUGGCCUGGAUCGACUGGAGUGGAGGAGAGUGUCAGAGAUCCUGGAGCAGGUGUUCAAACACACAAACAUCUCCAUCACAGUCUACAGCCUCCCAGUGAAAGCAGAGACCACAGUGAUGAAGGAAAACAUGCGCAGAUGAUUGAUGGAAAUGUUUAUUGUAAUUAUUUAGAUCAAGCACUUUUAUAUUGAAAUAAAUAUUCCCCUGUACACCAAAAUACAAGUUUCCAGCUAUUU